GGGAUAUACUUCAAGUGAGUUUGACGUAUGAAAGUAGAGGUAGUCAUAACUUAGUGGGUUUUGCCAGACACACGGCUUUGCCCUUCCGUUGUUUCAAACUGAUUGGACUUUCGUGCAUUACCUUUGAAGAAAGGGUCCUGUUGGAAUUGUGAGUUAAACCUUCUGAUGCAAUGAAUGAAACAAAUCCAGCCGCUAUGUCAACGUCGUUAAAUGUAAGUGCUCAGACGGAAGCAACUCUGGUGGAACAAAUGUAUAACAUCUCCAAUGUUCACAAUAAAACCAAUGCCACAUCAGGAAGAGAUGAGGCCCUUGCAAAAGUCGAGAUCGCCGUUCUCGCUGGUAUUCUGUUUAUGGCGGUUUUUGGUAACAUGCUGGUUAUUGCAAUUCUUAUGUACAGGGAGCGAAAACUAAGCAGGAUGCAACUGUUUAUUAUCCACCUUGCGGCGGCAGACAUUUCAGUUGGCCUUUUCCAGGUUCUACCGCAGUUGAUGAUGGACAUAACCUAUAGAUUCGACGGAAAUAAUUUCUUGUGUAAGCUCGUGAUGUACAUGCAAGUCGCAACAAUGUAUAGUUCUACGUACGUACUCAUUAUGACGGCGGUGGACAGGUACAUGUCCAUUUGUCAUCCGCUGAUGUCUCAAACGUGGACAUCAAGGCGAGUGCAUGUUAUGGCGUGUAUUGCCUGGCUUAUCUCGGCAAUAUUUGCGACGCCACAGUUAUUUAUUUUCUCAUACAAAGAAAGCGACGGCGUCAACAUAUGUGGAGAUAAUUUUGAUAGCACAAAUUUGUGGCCAAUGCAGACCUACGUCACCUGGAUUUUCCUGUCCGUAUACGCAAUUCCAUUUACGAUUCUGACAGCCUGCUAUUCGAAAAUUUGUAUUGUAGUGUGGAUUAGCGUUAAUGCCAAAGAAAACCACAGUGGUAACCCCAAAAAGAAACAUUUGCUUCGAAAUGGAACGAGUUGUCAGUUACAAGGGACAAAUAAAGUAUUAAAUCCCCGAGCACAUUCUAAGAAAUUGUCAAAGUCUAAAAUUAAGACCGUCAAAUUGACAUUGGCAGUCGUGACCUGCUUCAUCGUAUGUUGGGCACCGUUCUUCAUAACCCAGAUGUGGGCCGCAUACGACAUCAGCUCUCCUUAUUACACAAGCCACGUGAUGGCUAUAACCUUACUGCUGGCAAGUCUGAACUCAUGUACUAAUCCUUGGAUAUAUCUGGCGUUUUCCAGUCGUUUGUGUAACAGGCGCCAACCAAUGAAUUCUACGAAAACAUGGCUUUCCACGGCCAAUACUUACGUCACAGACGCCGGAAACGACACCCUACGCAUGCGUAACAUGCAUAAAGAGUCCCGAUCAUUGAGUGGAACAUAACAUUGGUGAUUUAUACUUUUAGUUAAAGCGCAAUCAUUGUAUAUUAAAUAGUUCAUUCAAGCGGUAACUUUUGAUGGUAGCCUAAUAACUGACGGUUACACAAUAAAGUUGGAAUGUGCAAACAAAAUCACAUUUUGUUCUCAAGAACGUCAGCUUUGUAUUGUGUUAGGUACCAUUCAUUUAGUUGUGUUAGGUACCAUUCAUUUAGUUGUGUUAGUUACCAUUCAUUUAGUAAA